AUCCUGUGGAACAUCUGGAUCCACUGAGUUGUCCUGGGAAUGGACGUCCUCUUGCUGCCCCUGUGGUACAGCAGGCAAAGGCAAGGUCAGCUCAAUCAAGUGACAUCACAGCUCAUGCACUGCUUGGCACUCUUGCUACUUCUUGUGUAGACACCACCUCUCCUUCUCCGAAUAUUCAAGGGUGGAUUGACAACAUCGUGUCUUAUCUUCAAGACCCACACUACAUCAAUUUAGGGGGAGGGUCAAUAGGAGAUACAAUAAAUCGUUGUCGGUCAACAUUCCACCCAGAACCUGGGUCCAGCUUUGUUUCAAUGCUCACUUAUAUGCAGCUAGCAAUUCAGUGUCAAAGUCUCAUUAAUGCCUCCACAGAGCGCUCCAGCAUUAGCCAGGUUUACACCAAUCAUGUUGCCAAGCUUCCGAAUGCCCCUCAAGUCCAAUCAUUCUUGCGUUGGAAUGCAAUUGGCUGCAAAUUCAUUGCACUUGCUGCUGGUGGAUCAUUCUACAUCCUGGUUCUUAUUGCGGGACUUGACUUGAAGUGGAAAAUAACAAGAUCAGGGAGUCGUAUCCCUUGGGAAGUUGCCAAGAUGUUGCGGAGGCCAGAAACAAGCAAAACACCUGAGCUGAUCACUGAUCGUAUCAUCCCCACCAUUGCCUGGAUCAGAUCACAUUUCCCCCUCUCUCUUAAAAAUAUCUUUUGUGCUUCCUUUCUGGUCAGCUCUGACCUGAAAGAUACCCUGGAUUGCAUCAACUUAUCUGUUACCGACAGUGUUUUGGAUAAAGUGAAGCANNNCAAUUAUACCCUUCCUGCCAGGGAUGUUGUGGCCUGGAUGCGGUGCACUGCUGCAGUAGAGGCACAGCCACUCAUCGUCAUUGGGGAUGCCAUAGUUCGCAGGGAUGCUCCAUCAAAUGCUCUCCGCAGUAUCACACAAUGAUGCACAUACUUAAUUCUACUGCACAUUGUUCGAAAUUUACACAGUAUGUUUCGGGUAGAGAUUUCAGUUGGUUUGCAAGUUUGUAACAGGUCUCAUGUUCAAUCACAAGGUCAUGUCGUAUGCAUAUAGAACACCAAUAUCCAACCUGUGAGUCGAUAAAUGCACCAUAUGACAAGUCACAGCAAGUCAUUUAUUUUGUGCUGAACGUAAGUGAUCUCGACGAUCCUAAGCAAGUCAGUUGUAAAUUUUUACUACAUAAGAAACAUCAUGCCGUCAACUCUAAAUAUUCAUGCGCGGAUACCAGCCUUGAGAGAAAGAGUCGUUUUGAGAGCCUGGAGAGCGAAACGAAUACAGUGGUGAAGAGCCCACAAAAGAGAGACUGCAAAGGCAGAAAAAAAUCAAUCAGCU